UUUCAAGGAGAAGCUAUGCAGAAAAAUAACUCAUCCUACCCAGCAAUGUUUACCCUUUCUGGAUUAAAUGACUCAAGCACAAAUAAAUAUAUCUGUUUUUCUUUCAGUCUCUUAGGUUAUCUAUUUGUCAUUUGUGUUAAUUUAACUCUAAUUGUAAUAAUAGCUCUUGAAAAGACACUCCAUGAGCCCAUGUAUUUCUUCCUCUGUAAUCUGAGUGUUAAUGCACUGUAUGGAACUGGUGGUUUUUAUCCUAAACUACUGUUUGAUUUUCUUUCUGAUAUGCAUGUCAUCUCGUAUUCUGGGUGCCUACUUCAAAGAUUUGUCAUCUACAGUUUUGGUGCGUGUGAAAUAACACAUUUAACAGUGAUGGCAUAUGAUAGGUAUGUGGCAAUAUGCAGACCCCUGGAGUACCAUGCUAUCAUGACUCCUUUAAUGACUGGUAAAUUAAUAUUGUUUUCUUGGAUUUUUCCAUUCUGUUCUGCAUGUAUUGGUACUCUAUUGACUUUCAGGUUGCCCUUAUGUGGCUCUCACAUUGAAAAACUAUUUUGUGAUAACUGGUCAAUUGUGAAAUUAUCUUGUGUAGGGACUAUUGUUAACAAUGUAUAUGGAUAUGUUAUAAUAUGUAUAUUCUUUGUACAUUUCCUUUUUAUUUUAUUUUCCUACAUGAAAAUACUAAGAACGUGCCGGACUUCUACUAUCGCAAUGAAUAAAUGUAUGCAGACCUGUUUGCCACAUUUGUUGACGGUAAUCAACUACAGUGUUGCUGUGCUUUUUGAUAUAAUGUACAGUAGAUACGGUUCAAGUGAUAUGCCACAGGCUUUACGCAAUCUCCUGUCAGUGGAAUUUCUAAUCGUCCCUCCUAUUUUCAAUCCUGUCAUUUAUGGUUUAAACCUUCAAAAGAUCCGGAACAAAAUCACAAGAAUGUGCAGCAGAAACAAAGUAAUUCACACUUAAUAGAUUCCAGAUGUAGUUGCUAGAAAUCAAAACUUCAAAUUGGAUAUUGCUUUCUAUAAUUAAUAAUAGAGCAAAAUGUGCUUAUGCAUAGAGGAUUAUUCCAUUUGUAAUUGACUCAAGAAAGUAACAGAAUCAGGUGAGUUAAAUGGACCCGAUGCACUGACUCAACCUCAUUGUAAACCUCUUCCUAAACCCUUCUUGGUUUUGUUAAUAUGAGCUGAUAUGUUUAUUUAUUAAGGGUCACUAAUUGUUAUGGGUAGCUUCACAUU